UGAUAUUAUGGGUUUGACUUGGCGGAUGUUUUCACUCUCUGAGUGCUGUCUAAUUAUAUCUGUAUAAAGUGACAAAGACCAAGGUUUCCUUCGUCAGGAUUUAAAGAGCUUCUUGAGUGAUUGGAUCAAACUUUGACCACACUGGUGUUUCUGAGCUAAACACCCAUUUCCUUCGCCUGUGUUGGUGCUUUAAUCAAGCCAGCGUACGGUACCAGAAGUUAGGCGCUGACCUUCAAAAUAAAACCAUAUAUUGAUACAACGGGAAAUGUAUGAAAUAAAACCAAGCAACCUACUUAACAAAAUCGUAAAACUGUCGUGGUUGUUGUUAUAAGCUGAACAUAAAAAACAACACUACGAUGUCAUGCAGUAACAAUUGUCACACUACAAUCGUGUUCAGCAUGUUUUAGCUAUCUGCUUUGGUUAGCUAGCUAACUGUUAACCGGACAUCAUUGGUGUAGCGUUAGCUUCAUGCUGGCUAGCUUGACAGCAAGCUAUCUUGGCGAUAGGGAAGUUUAUCUUCACGCAUUUGGAGCAAAUCCCAAGUUCUUUCACUUGGGGGUAUGCUCACCAUCCCACCAGCUGGUUUUGCCAUUAACUUAUACCUUGUGAAGUGAGCUGGAGAAACCGAGCACAACAGACACUACAAAGAGGCUGGAUAUUGACACUACCUGUGGAGGAUGUCAUCACCAAUAUACUACAACCAAGACAGUGUCACACGUUUCAAAAAAAGAAAAGCUCGCUUCUCGUUCAGUGAAGUCCACAUACUAUUGGAUGAAGUGAGAAGGCAUCGUAUGGUUGUUGUUGGCAAAUUCAAUCGCGGUGUGCCAACAGAAAUGAAGAAGCGCACAUGGGCAGAGAUCACUGCACGUGUUAAUGAGAUUGGGGAGUGUCAACGUGAAGUCAUCGAGGUCAUCAAGAAAUGGUCUGACCUCAAGUGUGACACCAAGCGGAAAGUGGCUGCCAUGCGGUCAGGGACGGUGCCCAACAGGGGCCUCAACUCACGUCUUUCCCGAGAUCUUAACCAGACAGAGAAAAUUGUGCUCCAGAUCCUUGAGAUGGAUGAGGAAGACCAGAGUACAGGGGACUUUGGCCCACUGGGAGAUGACAAUGAUGUACCAGAGGAGGAAGAAGAAAUGGAAGAGGAGGAUAUGAUUGGGAUGCAGAAAUCUCCUAAUGGCGGUUUAGACAUGACAUCUAUGCCCCCACCACCCUCCUACACCAUGAGUGGACAUGCACAGUCAGGGGACUCAUCACAACCUUCCUUUGAUGUGCAGUAUGAAGUACCUGCAACAGAAGAUGCCGAAGCUGCAUUUGGAGACUCAGAUGAAGACCAAAGAGAUGAUACACUUCCUUCUGCUCAGGCAGCAAAACCGACAGAGGAUCAUCAAGGAAACGAUGGCAACCAGAAACAGGGACGACCUCAGAUGUCCUCUGGAUCUUCACAGUCAUCAGCUACGCUUCUGUUGCCAGGUCAGCCCUCACAGACCACCAGGGACACCAUGCUACAUAAUGCAUCGCUGAGCCUUCAGGAGCAGCAUGCCACCAACAUGCUGCUGGAGACGGUUUCACGCUCUCUAGAGCUACUGUCUGAGUCAGUGCAGCAGCUGGCAGAGACUCAGCAGGAGUUUGUACGCGAGUCACUGCUGCUCCAGCGAGAGACGGUGCAAGUUCUCAGAGACUUCACAGGUGGAGCUAUUGCACUCAUGCAUGACAAACUGAAUGGGCGGCCAACAUUAUAGCAACAGAGCAUCAGACAGUCAUUAAGUUGUGUCACUGACUUCAUACACGGCCUUCAGGCAUAGGAAACGUUUAAGUUCCUUUGGACUUCACCGCUGGUUACUGUACUCUUCAGUAGUACGUGUCAGAUUUUCCUUGGCAGGGCUAGAAAUGAACUUUGUUAGUGUCUCAGAUCCUACUUUAAACUGUCCCAAAUCAAACAACCACGGACCCAAAUUAAGUUCCUUAUUUAUUUUUUACAUUAUAAAUAUGUCCAAUAUCUUGUUUCAGUAGCUUGCAUGAUGUCCAUACCUCACCAUCAGAGUUCUGCUAGUUCUCUGAGGUUAUGUCUGAAUAAGAGCUUCACUUGUCUUUAUUUAUAGCCUGCUUCUUUUACUCCUGGGUUUGGUUAUCAUUAUUGUAAUCUGUUGGAUCAAUAAGUGUAUCAACUACAUAACUACACUCUAAAUGCAAACCUUCUAACUGAUAUACAGUGAUGGAAAUUUAAAUAAGACACUUGGGACACACAGUAAGCAGUUUAUUUUACUUUAAAUACCAAUGACGGCUAAAAAAAAAUCAAUUUAAAUCUAUUUAAAUUUGUAUUCAGCAGGUUUCUUUAUCACUUUUUACUCACAAUUGUACCUUAAUUUUUAUUCAAUCAUUUUCAUUUUUAAGGCAGAGCAGUUGAACAGUUACAUUGUACUUUAAGUAAAAUAAUACAACCCACUUCCAACUAUUCCCACAUCUGCAGAACUGAAGUGUUACAGAAGCUACAGUAGCAAGCACCCUCAUUAACAAGCAGUUUAAUGGUUAUACAACUAGAACCUGAUCCUAGGCUGAAAAAACAUAGAAAAAUCAACUGGACUAGGUUUUUAGGUUGAAGACGUUU